CCAGCCUCCAGAUAUCACACCUGCAGUACGGGAUGUCAUGAUGAAUCGGACUUUCACAGUCAUCAGAAAUUAUUUCCCUGAGUUUGAUAACCAAGAGUGGGACGAUUGGUUCACUGUCAAGCUGACAGUCCUCCUUCCCAGUUUCAAUGCAGAGAUGCUUUCCAUUACACUCUCUUACGUCAAUUGCACUGAUUACCAAGUCAUUAUUUUUGGAUUGAACAAAGUCAUCGACGAAAUUCCGAAUGAAAAUAUCAUGGAAAUUAUCGGAGUUUUGGUGGAAUACCUCAAACAUUCUAUUAGCCAAAACAAUAAUCAGGCCUGCAAAGAGAAGGAUGAUGCUGUCUGGCUGUCCAUCAAUUUAGGAAAAUUCUCCAAAUAUGUCAGCUACUCAGACCUGAAGAACUUUAAUAUUACAAUGCUGGGAAUUUUGGACUUCCUGUCUCCAGAACAAAAAGUGGAACUAUUAUUUGAUCCCCUUAAUAACGCUCUAGAGAAUGAAACCAUUGUGAUUGAUGUUUUCAAAACCUUGACUUCUCCAGAUGAACUCAAAAACUUCUUUGGGAAUUUUAUUCAGGCUACAAAGAAGAGAAACUUAACCGUCAUCGAAAACUCUGCUGUAAGGAAUAUCAUGCUAAACCUGACCUUGACAGCACUGGCCCCUGGAUUUUAUACCUUUCUACCAAACGACUUUGCACUUUGGUUCCAAAGCUAUUUGCUGGUGCUGAUGCCUAGCCUUCAACCUAGCAGUUUGGAUGUCAUCCCCAGGAACAUCAGCUGCGACUCAUAUGAUGCCAUAUGGUUGGGGCUCGACAAAAGCAUAAGCUCCCUUCCUGAAGCACUUACCUAUAACAUUAAAUUGACCAAGGUCCUGCUAAUAGAUAGAGCUGCAAUGUGUGUGCCGUCCCCUAUUAUCAAGUGUGAAGACACACCAGUAAUUGAAUCAAGUGUUUGUGCUGAACUUGACUGGAGUGCAUUUACACAAACUGUGACAUCAGGGACUGCUUCUGGAACGCUGUGUAAUGUCAGCAUUGCAGACUAUGUCUGUUCUUCAGAAGCAGAAUUCACAAAGGAAAAUCUGGUCAAUCUCUUGACAUGUGAACUAGCUAGUAGCAUGAAUUACUCAGUAGCCACUUGGAAACUUCUCUUUGCCAAAUUUUCCUCUGUCUUGGAUGAAGCCCUGGAUUCCUAUUCAGUUGAGCAGACUCAUAUCAAUAAUUCCAUAGCAACAUCAGUUCUGGAUGCAAUCGAAGAAGUCAGAAUUAAUAACUUCAGCAAUACGCAACUCCAAAACAUCAGCUUUAUCAACCAGUGGUUCCAGAGGAGACUUCACCCGUUCUUGCCAUCAGUGUCUGAAGAGUUUUUAUCCUGUCUCAGCACAAAGAACUUCAGCUGUGAGACCUACCAGGCUGUUGUGAAGAGCUUCAAUAAUGAAUUUUUAAAAAUGAGAGAAAAACAGCAGCUUUUAGUUUUCCAGGAUUUUAUAAUGGCAUUCCUGUCCCAGUCCAAUAGCUCAGAUGCUGCCUGCGUAUCUAACACACUUAGCAAUGCAGAAUGGCUUGGGAGCAAUUUUGGCAAUUUUUCAGUGUUUGCAUCUGUGUCAGCUUUGCAGAGGUUGCUGAGUAGCUUCUCCCCGUUGGAUGCCCUGGGUGGUUUGACUUUGGAACAGUUAACAGAGGUUGCUUGUACUCCCGGGCUUUUGAAGAACCCUAAAGAUGUCGAUCUUUUAAUGAGUUACAUGAAUGAUUUCCAGUUAGCAACUUUCUUCUCUGUUUUCAGCGAAGUCAUACAGGGUCAAGAAAGUACAUUCCCAUCCUCUGUGCUCUCUGCGAUGCUCCAGCAAGUCUUAGACAGAGGCAUACUUUCAGGGCAGUCCAUUAGUGACAAUGAGGUUUUGUACUGGCUGCAGUUCAGAAUUGGUCCCCUGCUAACAAACAUGACAGAGGAUUUAGUGGCACCGUUAUUUAAUGUUUUUCAAAACAGGAGCUGCGCAACUAUACAAGCACUAAUUCAGCAGCUUAACUCUGUACGCUCUACCCUGCAAGAUGGGACACAAAAUGAAAUCUACAAUCAGAUACUGAGUUUACAAAAAGGACCAGUUCCACUGCGUUGCUAUUCAAACAACAGCUUCUACUCAUUCCUGGAUGGCUUGUUCCUUGGAUUUCCAUUCCCAACUUUAAGUACGAUACUUUCAUUUAUGCCAGGGUCUGAGAAAUCACAGCUAAUUAGCUCCAUGCCUCCUUCUGACCUUGGCAGCCUUCUCAGGCGACCAAACAUUAUUGGCAGUAAUGCUGCGCUAUGUGCUUUUCUUAAUUGCUACAACAGGACAUGUGAUUUCCUGGAAACCGAAGAGAUGCCUGAUAAUGUGAGACAAAAUAUCUUACCAUGUGUUUGGCCUUUAGCCAUAAGCAGCGCAAAUAACGCUUGCUUUAAUGCUUUAACCCUGAAUCAGUACUUGGGAUAUCUCAGCAAGGAUCUCAUCAGCUCCACCGUAAUGCUCAAUGCCAGCUGUCUUGCAUUUCAGAACUUUAUUUCAGUUCUUGGAAAUAGUUUCAAUUAUAGCAGCACAGACUUCAACCAGGCAGAUGUAUUUAACACCAUUAGGAGCUAUCUCAGCAUAGGAGAGGAGCCCAAAUGUUACAAGGCUAAUGACCCAAAGCUGAAUUCCACUGCCUGGUUUGUCAAUUACAUUGGGCCAUUUAUCGAAUUCAUGACUUUGGAUGACCUUAACAAAUUUGGUUCUACAAAGCUCCAGGUCUUUAUGCUGAACCCUGCAAACCUCCAGCUUUUCAGUGUAAAUAGCUUCCCUCAGAAUGUUUCAUCAUUUUUCACAGAACUCAUUUACCAACAGGAUCCCAAUUUCAGCCCUUUGCUACUUCCGCUGCAGUUCCGCUGUACUGCCCCUGGAACAUCAUACUCACAACUGAGCAUAGAAAACACUUUGGUCAUUCUCCAGACCAUAAAUCAGGCCUGUGGUGAGAUUGACCCUGAGAUUACCACAGCCCUGGCUGGAAAUCUGCCGGUCAGUGAAAAUAUGAUUACAGCUCUGGGCCAGGAAUGUGCAGGAUUUACCACUACACAAAUUUUGGGAGCUCCACCAAAUGUCCUUAUGUCAUCCUUGGGCACGCUAAGUGCUGUGAAUGGCUGGAACCAAGGCCAGGCAGCAAGCGUUAUACAAGUUCUUCUCAAACAAUUCCAGAUAGACAGUGGUCAGAAACUGCUACAACUUGGAACUCUUAUAAUAGGAGUUCCUUCUGUGAUUUUCAGAAAUAUACAAUCUUCCCAACUUUUACAAAUAUCACAAUAUGCAACUUUCCUCAGCAAUAUCAUGAAUGCUCCAGAAAUCAUACAGUAUACCUUUGUUAGUCAGAUAAUUAAUAUAAGUACGAACACACAGUCACUGUUAAUGAAUGUCCCUGAUAUUAUGGCGACCCAAAUCCCAAGAUCUCUCCUAGAUUUUUCUUCAGUUUCAACACAAACAAAUACGAUAGAACUAAUUAACAAGAAAACAUGGAAACCUGACCAGGCAAUUUUCUUCUUUGACGUAGUAGCAAAUGGGAUAAGCACCCUUGAUAACAUUUCCCCAGACGUUCUACAAGGAUUUACAUGCACACGAGCACAGCUAAUACCAAACAAAAAUGUUGUAACAAUCAUCAAAGCUUGUCAGAAAAAGAGAAAAAAUGUAGUCCUACAGGAAACCCAAUUAACCUGCAUGUAUAAUUACAUCAAAGUGAGUCAGCUAAAUACCUUUGCAGAAUACCCACCCGAAAUGCUGUUGUAUUACAAUUAUGAAACAGAUGUGACAUCAGACUGUACCUCAUAUUUUACGAAUGUCGGAGCAGCAAAGUUUGACGUCCUGUCAGAUAUGUUGUCAUUCAUAAAAACCAAUUUGCUGCAGAAUGCCAAACACUGCCUUGGCAUUUCAGGCACAAGCCUCAGUGCAAACAAUGUGCAGGUACUUGGGAACAUGGUCUGUACACUUAAUGGGUCCUAUAUUCAGAACUCUGAUUCACUGAUCCUGGAGAAACUAAAGAACUGUAACAAAUUCUCAAUGGACCAAGUCACAGCUAUGGAGAAUCUGCUGUUUACUGGUGCAACCAAAUAUGGAAAUGUUUCAUCAUGGAAUAUACAGACGCUGGAGGACCUGGGCAUUCUUCCCCUGUAUUUCACAAGCAUCUUCUGGAACCAGUUCACACCUUCUGACAUAAAUAGUUUCCUGAAAACAUUCCUGGUAUAUCUGCGAAGCAUUGGGACAGAGAGGCUUAAACUGAAAAACCUGUUUACAGAAAUCCAGAAGUCCUCCCGAUUCAAACGUGAUGCAGGCUGCACAGCGCCCAUCAACGCUGUCAUUAUAAGUGAUGUAACGUUCCCCUUUGCAUAUAGCAUCACACAGUUCACUUCCUGUUUGAGUCCUCAAACUGCAGUGGAUAAUCUGGCAGCUCUCGCAGAAAAAGUUUACAGUCAGAAUUUUCAGAUGGUAGUUUUGGACAAGUUAAAUCAGGCAUAUCCUUCAAGCAUUCCAGAAGAACAGGUUCAGUUGCUGGGAUCAAUUUCCCGUGUGGCCUCAUUAGAAGACAUCAGUAAGUGGAACAUCACAAAGAUCGACACUCUGUCUGCGUUGAUGAAUUCGUCUGAUGGAGCAUGGGACCCUCUUCAGAGUAACGCCAUUAUUACAAAAUACUUAAGUACUAAAGGUAACACCUUGGGGACUCCUGAACUGAAUUCAAUGGGAGGAACAGUCUUGUGCUCUCUUGACAUUGAUGUUCUCAGUUCUAUCACCAUAAUAAGCCUGCGAAAUGCCAAUCCUUUAGAUAUAUCGAAUUGUUCACUUCAACAGAAGAAUGAAAUUUUCACAAUAGCUGUGGGUGCCUCUCCAAGAGACAAUACCACAUCGUUGACUACCUACCAAGAAAUACAACCAUAUUUAGGUGGUUCAUCGAUAGAUUACGUAAGGAGUUUGUCUAAAUCAUCGGUUAACAUGGAUUUGCCAACUUUUAUAAGUUUGGAUAAAUCAGUUAUCUUGGCUCUUACUGUGAAAGAGGUGAAAAGCCUACUGGGUUCAAAUUUGCCUCAAUUGAAAACAUAUGACAAUGUGAAUGUCAUACAAGAUUGGAUCAAACAGCAAUAUCAGUCAGAUCUCAAUACUCUGGGCCUGGGACUAACUGGGGGAAAGGUUGCUUCUACAACUGGACCACAAACAACUACAAAGUCAACCGUAUCAGGAGCAGUCCCAAAUACAUUACCGGGUGGAGUGCAAACAAAAUCAGUUCAGAUUCUGCUUUCUAUUUUAUUUGUCUUGGGAAUGACUGUCCUUCUACAAUGAGUAUGCAAGGAGAUGACAUAAUAGCUAAUAAAAUGUAAUGUAUGGUUUUUUUUCUCUUCACUGUUACUAUAAUAUAAUUCAUACAGUGAUAAACACACUAAUCGUAAUGUAAUUGUCAUUUCAAUGAUUGUGGAAAAACACGUGGCUGACUUUUCAAAUAAUUGGACCCAUGCUUUGAGCUUUACUGGCAUUACUCAUAACAGGAAAAAAUAUCUGCAACCUGUAACGGGGAAAGAUGAUCCUGAGAUCUAGAGAAUUAAACAAUUUGGGGAAUAUAACAAUGACUAUAUGUUUACUAUUGGCUACAGCAAAUGUAGCUAUAUUAUUGUAUAGUUUUUCAAAUUUAAAUUGUCGCUCAAGGGACAUUUUGUAAAUUUAAACCAAUUUGUUGUUUUUUCGGAAAGAUAUGAGUUUCAGAGCUAAAAAAUUGUAAUGAUCGAUAUACAGAGGACUUGAAAUGCUCUGGAAAAUGUAGAUUAUCUGGCUGUAUAAAACUGAAUAAAUGCCAGAAAUAAGCCAGUGUAUAACAGGUGCUUUCAUCUGACAUUGGACAGCAACCUUUCCAACAAUCAGAUCACAUACUGAUUAGAAGAUAAUUAUUUCAUGUAUACUCAGUGAAAUCAUAGUGAAAAAGUUGUAAAUGAUUUCAAAAAUGAUUUUUAUAUACAAAAAAAAAUUUAUACAUAUUGAGAACAUAUAAAGGAGUGGUUAUUUAAUGGAAAAUUAUAUCUUUAUCAACUAAGUUAUAACUUGUACAUCAAAUAAAAAUAUUAUGAAAUGGACAAAUGUUACAUUUUUUUUUCAACUUUUCAUUGUCCAUUGUGAAAAUACAAUAUUGUCAUUAUGAGAUUUAGAUUGUUUAUCAGUUUGCUUUGUAUUAAUGGGUCCUAUGCAUCGUUAUCUUGCUUAUUUCUAGUGUCACUAUAUACUUUGGUAGUACUUUCUCUGAAGCGUUGUGAAACAGUAUCUGAUCAAGAAAUUAUGCCAUGUUUGAGUGCUUGCAUUAAUGUCUCAUGACAAUAAACUCUAUUAUGAAGUAGGACUAUGGAGGAAAAAACAUGACAUAAUCAAAUAAAUCAAUAGAUAAAUAAAUGGUAACACGUAAUUUAUACACAUUCAUAACAAACAAUGCAUUCAUAAAGCAUUAUAAAUGUUUAUCAAACAUUAUAAAUAUUAUAAAUAUUUAUCAAAAAGCAUAACACAUUAUAACCACUUGUAUCAUGCAUUAUGAAUCCUUUAUGAAGCUCUCAUCUAUAAUCCACCUUUAUAAUCAUUAUAAUGGUCAGUAUAAGCAUUAAGAGUGCUUUGUACUACAUUAUAAAGGUAUCUAUAGUGCAUUGUAGAUGAGAGCUACAUAAGGCAACCAUAAUGCAUCAAUUGUCAUGUUCAGAAAAUGAAUGACAUCAGUGACCAUACUGGGGAGCAUAGGACUGGGAGAAACUCUUAUUCUGAACUAACGAGGGGUAGCUGAAUUGAGAGGCAAGACAACUGAUCAACAGGUGUGGUGCAUUAGAGCCACAUUAGGGAGCGAGCAAGUUGGCAGCUAUCCAGGGCGUGACAUAAACAUGGCAAUAAUGUGUUAUCCCUUUUUAUAAAUAUCUAUAGGCGUGUUUAUAAUGCUUUAUGAAAGUAUUAUAAUGCAUCAUUAACGUAUUUAUUAAUUACUAAAAUCAUGGUGUUGGCAAAUAAAUGUAUAGAUUUAUAGAAAAAUAGAAAAAGAUUUCUUUUCAAUUGUAUUUCUUAUUUUCAAAGAUUUCUUUUUUAAUUGUUUUUUAAUAUCAAAGAUUUGUUUUAUUCAUCUAAAUGUAAAUGCGGUUGGCAGCCCUAACCCUUUUUCUAAAGUACUAUUGACCAUGGGGAUUUUGCUGAUCUGCGCUCCAUUACCUUAACCUCGUUUGGAAGAGAAGAAAUGCUAGCUAGCAUUCAUGUCUGUAAUGCUAUGUUCACACUACAUGACUUUCGAAGUCAUGAGAUCACUAUACCGUUCCUAUGUAUGAUGUCGGUAUGCAUAUGGGAUUCCCAUAUAUGCCAAAAAUAUGUCAAUAGCUCACUAUGAAACUAAAU